CAGGCCCAAAAUGAAAUUAUUCAGCCCAAAAACAAAAUCGUGAUUCCAUCCCAAGCCGAGGGGUAUAAUAGACAAACCCCAAACAAAUUUCAGGGUUUAUUUACUCCGCUAGGGUUGCCAUUGCCUGCCGCCUUCAUUCACCCUCUCCUCUCAUCGGAAGCUUGCUGGAGGAGGAGACAGCGAUCGAUGGGCGGUUUUAGGUUCCAUCAGUACCAGGUGGUGGGCAGGGCGCUUCCGACGCCCUCCGAUGAGCAUCCCAAGAUCUUCCGCAUGAAGCUUUGGGCCACCAACGAAGUUCGGGCCAAGUCCAAGUUUUGGUAUUUUCUGAGGAAGCUGAAGAAGGUGAAGAAGAGCAAUGGCCAGGUUCUUGCCAUCAACGAGAUAUUCGAGAAGAAUCCUACCAAGAUCCACAACUACGGAAUCUGGCUCCGAUACCAAAGCAGGACAGGCUACCACAACAUGUACAAAGAGUACCGUGACACUACACUGAACGGCGCUGUUGAACAAAUGUACACUGAGAUGGCCUCUCGUCACAGAGUCAGGUUCCCUUGCAUCCAGAUCAUCAAAACCGCCACCAUCCCUGCCAAGCUCUGCAAACGGGAGAGCACCAAGCAGUUCCAUGACUCAAAGAUCAAGUUCCCCCUCGUCUACAAGAAAGUCAGGCCGCCAACCAGGAAGCUGAAGACCACCUUCAAGGCCACCAGGCCGAAUCUCUUCAUGUAGAAGAGCGUUUUAGCAUUGUUUACUGAGGAAUUUCCAUCUUUUGUUAGUUUGUUUUUUUGCGGCGGUGAACGAUUGAAGUUUAUUUUGGUCGUAUUGGAUUUUGGGUAGUAUGUUUUACUUUGAUUUGAAAACAGUAUUAGUUAUCGCGCUAUGUUGGGUUCGGUUGUUUUAUGGUAGUAAUCUAUUGACUCUGGAUGUCAUUAUUUUUAGAA